UUUUUUAGUCCACAAGCACAGGUUGCAAUGAAGCAUGGUCAGCAGUAUGAAGAUGAAGCAAGAGAUUUAUUUGCAAUUGGAAAUGGUGUCAAUGUUUCAAAGGUUGGUAUUCUGUCGUACAGAUGCGAUAACAGAUUCAAAGCUUCACCAGAUGGUGUGAUAUUCAAUAAAUCAAUUAAAACACCAUUAUCUAUUGAAACGAUUGUGGAGAUAAAGUGUCCAUAUCGUGCGUUCAAAGGUAAUACCUAUAAGGGUGGUAGAACAAAGGAAGAUAUAGAGCAUGCUAAAGCAAUACCUGUUUAUUAUUUACCACAAUUGUAUGCAAAUAUGAAAUAUAGUGGUGCUCAAAUUGCAUAUUAUAUUUCUUAUGUACCCGGU